CGAAACGCGAGAUUCUCCGCAUCGCAACGGCCGACUACAGGUGCAGCAGGCGUUCAUCCACCUGGUAACAGCGGGGGUGGUAUAUGUACCCUACAUAAUAUAUGUACCGAAGCUAAGUCCGGAGAAUGGCCGCAAGCCAGCCAUGGUGGCUCGAUUGCAUGGGAGAUUAUAAUGCGCCAAAUGCUCUUCUUGUUUGCGCAACCAGUGUGCGAAGAAAUUGAGUGAGCACCAACGCGACCAAGCUCAUUGAACUGUGCCCGUUUUGGGGACAGGCAGACAGAUCUAUGUAUUGACAUCAUAUUAAUCUGGUACCUGUACCUUGAGGUAGACCUAGGUCAGACGAAUCUCAAGCUUCAGGAGACCUUGGGAGCAGGCAAGCGGCCACAAGAAGAUGGCUCCCAUAGCCACAGUCAAGUCGCUCGACCACCUCGUCUUGACAGUUACCGACUUGAAUGCAGCCAUCGAAUUCUACCAAGACAUUCUCGGCAUGCAGCACACUUCCUUCACCGCUCCACUGGGAUCUGGCAUCACGCGGCACGCCCUUCAAUUUGGCACCCAGAAAAUCAACCUGCACGUCAGCGGCAAGGAGUUCGAGCCAAAAGCUCAAAACGUCCAAUCUGGGAGUGGAGACCUGUGUUUUCUCGUGGAGGACAAUGUGGAUGAUGUCCUGAAGGGGCUGUUGGAGCGAGGGAUCACGGUCCUUGAAGGCGGUCAAGUGGUAGAACGGACCGGAGCUCAGGGCAAACUGCGGAGCGUCUACGUCCGGGAUCCAGAUGGAAAUCUGAUUGACAACAGGUUGUCAAACCAAGUUGAUUGACCGUGCUGAAAGAGAGGGCAGCUGGUCCGUUGCCCAGCGGUGCCCCUCCGGAGUCCAAUGCAGCUAGCAAUACGAGUAGAGAGGUGCUGAGCUUCGAGGCUUGCAUGUGCUGCCUUGUACCCUGUGGCCGGGACCACAAAGAGGCUAUUCCAUUAUGUGCGAAUGGAAAAGGCAGGACACUGUUCUUCUUGUCAUUCACACAUGGUAUACAACAAAAGCACUCCAAGUGGAUCCCUUCACAAACUUGAUACGUUAAACCCUGGUGCUGACUGUGACGAGUCCUGUCGUCCACGGCGUCGAAGCUGAGAGGUUCGCUUUAGUUGACGAUCCCUAGUUUUGCUGUAUCCGAGAAUGGCAGUCGAAGCAGCGGAGCGCUUACCCCCCUGCUGGUAAAUGAAUCUGGGGACGUGCUCACUUCCAUCUGCAUGGUAGAGAGCAUCUGAAAGUUAGAGUUGUGGCUGUCGGGCAGAGUCGCUGAAAUCUCCAUGGUCAGAAGCUUUGUUAGUUUGUAACUGGCCGAACUCUGUAGGCGAGGACAGCGGCACAGGAGCCAUUGCCGUAGAUUGUUUCUCAGAACACGAGCAGCCAAGCAGCCAAACUGCUCCAAAUGGCAGAUGGCCACUGGCACGACAACGGAAGAGAGGUGUACAGGCUAGCGUCCACAUAACGGACUAGAGCAUGGGGAUUCAGAGUACCUCAGAGGAUACGGGUCUCAUUGCACUCUGACCUCAUCAUCGACAGAGGAAACACGGGCUUGUCGUUACCAAAUAAAGCCUUCAGAGGCAAGACCCCGG